UAAAUAUAAAAAAUAAUACUAGCAUUUCUCUACUCGAUUUGGGAUUUUUCUAAUUUGGGCCGGGGUUCAUGGGCUUCAAAAACAUUAUCCCCAAACCCCAAACUAAACCCAAACCACUGCACCCGAACGGAAAAGCUUUAGCCACUGCCUCGCGGGCACAAAAACAACAAUCAUUCAAAGCGCACGCGUCAAGCUCCACUGGCAGUCCCAUUGAGACAAAACAACAAACAGUUGAGCUUCAUUAGCAAAAGCAUACCAAGCGAGAGCGAGAAAUGGGGCGCGGCGGCGGGCGAGGAGGCAGGGGGGCUCGCACUCAGCGAAGGCAUUUCCGACAGAACAGAGAGAACGUUUGGAAGCGUUCCAGGUCUGAUCCUUCCUCGGAGACUGACAAAAACGACGACAACAACAACAACAACAACUCCGGAAACGACAACAACAAUGGUUCAAAGUCCACUUGGGAACCUUUCGCUACUCAGAACCCUUCUUUCGACGAGUUUUAUAAGGAGCAAGGAAUUGUGUCCCCUGAAGAGUGGGACUCGUUCAUUGGAGUUCUCAGAACACCAUUGCCAGCUGCUUUCCGCAUAAACUCAAGUAGUCAGUUCUACAAAGACAUUCGAGAUCAGUUAGAAAAUGACUUUAUGAUAUCUCUUCAAGCCGAGGUCAGCGAUGGAGGCGAAACGGAGGCUAUUAGGCCAUUGCCCUGGUACCCUGAGAAUCUCGCUUGGCAUUCUAAUUUUUCCCGCAUGCAGCUCAGGAAGAACCAGAAUCUCGAGAGGUUUCAUGAGUUCUUAAAGAUGGAAAAUGAAAUCGGAAACAUAACAAGACAGGAGGCUGUGAGCAUGGUACCUCCCCUCUUCCUUGGUGUAUCCCCUGAUCAUUUUGUCCUUGAUAUGUGUGCUGCUCCUGGUUCGAAAACAUUUCAAUUGCUUGAGAUUGUGUAUCAUUCAUGCAAAUCAGGAUCUCUGCCCAAUGGACUGGUUAUAGCAAAUGAUCUUGAUGUUCAAAGAUGCAAUCUUCUGAUUCACCAAACAAAAAGAAUGUGCACUGCCAACCUUAUUGUCACAAAUCAUGAAGCCCAACAUUUCCCUGGCUGUCGUUUAAACAGACGUCACAACUCUGAUGCUUUUGGAACAGCAUUGGAAGAUUCAUUUAUUAGCCAACUUCAGUUUGAUCGUGUAUUAUGUGACGUUCCUUGUAGUGGAGAUGGUACUCUUCGCAAGGCACCUGAUAUCUGGAGAAAAUGGAAUGCAGGGAUGGGAAAUGGGCUUCAUUGCCUACAAGUUCUGAUAGCCAUGCGAGGUCUAAGUUUGCUUAAAGUGGGUGGGAGAAUGGUGUACUCGACAUGCUCUAUGAAUCCAAUUGAGAAUGAAGCUGUGGUUGCUGAGAUUUUGCGCAAAUGUGGAGGGUCUGUUGAAUUACUUGAUGUUUCUAAUGAACUUCCUCAACUUGUUCGGAGGCCUGGGCUUAAGAAGUGGAAGGUACGAGACAAGGGUGUCUGGUUGGCUUCCUACAAAGAUGUUCCCAAAUACCGCAGAAGUGUCGUUGUUCCAAGCAUGUUUCCUUCUGGCAGAAGCUAUUCGGAUGCAGCCAGAAGCUAUUCGGAUGUAACUGACAACAGCAAUCUGAUUACGGAACCAGAAGAGAAGCAUGAAAAUGGUGGAAAUGCUGAUUUGGAAGAUGCCGUGCAUUCGACAGGGAAUUCAAUACCUUCAGUUGAUGUGUUAGAAGAGGAAGUGUCUGAUUUUCCUCUAGAACGUUGCAUGAGAAUAGUGCCACAUGAUCAAAAUACUGGGGCCUUUUUCAUCGCUGUCUUCCAGAAGAAUUCCCCACUGCCAGGUGCUUUCAUAUUCCCCAAGGCAUUAGCUGUUCAGGAGAAACCAAACCCUCAGAAAGAGAAGCGAAACAAUGAGCCACCAGAAGAUUUACCAAAUGAGGUUAUUGAAUAUUCAAAUGGGUUGGAGGCUAGCUCCACUGACGUAACCGAUGGAAAAUCUUCAGAAGCAGCUUCAGAGGUGGAUUUGAUAGAUGACAAACUAGAUGAGGUUGUUUUGGCACCAGAUCUUUCCGUUGCAUUGGAAGAAAAUAGUUCCGAGGCAGCCCAAGCAUCAGGUGCCAAGGCACUUGAUUCCAAUAAAGCUGAACCAGAUCUUUCUGUUGCAUUGGAAGAAAAUAGUUCUGAGGCAGCCCAAGCAUCAGGUGCCAAGGCACUUGAUUCCAAUAAGGCUGGAGGGAAAAGAAAGAUACACAUGCAGGGCAAAUGGAAAGGGGUUGACCCUGUUGUUUUCUUCAGAGAUGAAGCUAUUAUCAAUAGCAUAAAAACAUUCUAUGGCAUUGACGAAUCCUUUCCAUUGGUUGGCCAUCUCUUGUCACGAAAUCUUGAUAAUAAUCAUGUGAAGAGAAUCUACUAUGUCUCAAAGUCGGUUAAGGAUGUUCUUGAACUGAAUUUCUCUGUUGGACAGCAACUUAAGAUAGCAUCCAUUGGCCUUAAGAUGUUUGAGAGACAAACAUCAAGAGAAGGAAGUUCUGCACCUUGUUCCUUCCGGAUAUCAUCCGAAGGAUUGCCAGUUAUUCUUCCAUACAUUACAAAGCAGAUCCUACAUGCAUUCCCAGUAGAUUUCAAGCAUCUUUUGCAGUACAAAUCCAUCAAAUAUGCUGACUUUGUUGAUUCCGAAUUUGGCAAGAAAGCAUCAGACUUAAUGCAGGGAUGCUGUGUGGUCGUUUUGCGAAAAGAUGGCGAAGCGUCAUCAAAUCCUAUCCAAGUGGAUGAAUCAACAAUUGCCAUAGGAUGCUGGAAAGGUAAAGCGAGCUUGACGAUAAUGGUCACUGCUAUUGACUGCGAAGAACUUUUAGAAAGGCUUGUAGUGCGUAUAGAAACAGAAAAGGGUUCCUCAGUUAAAGAAGUCGAUGAGCCUUCAAAACCGGAAGCAGAUGAAGAAAAGGACAUAAAUGAUACAGACAAAGAAAGUAUGAAGAUUGAUGGAUAAAUUAAGCUACAAUUUUGAUACAUCGUAGAUUUUCUUGUUGUACUCGUUGUAUGUUAAUUUAAUUGACUCCGAAGACUUCGAUUUUGUCUUCCAUUAAGUUUGAAGUCAUGAGAAAUUGGAUUAUUUUUCAUAGGAUACAUGAUAUCUUCUCUCUCCCCCCGAAAUCAAUCGGAAAAUUCUCCACCAAGAUCUUCCUGAAACGCAACAAGAAACUGGAAGGGAAAAAUGACAUGGGUAAGUCUGAAAAUUGAUAUCGGGAGGGGAGGGAUUUUUAUCAAGCACAAGCAUUUCUAGGUCAAAUAUUUGUAUUUGGGUGCGCUGAUGCUGAGACAGAUUCCCAUCUAUUUUAAACUAUUGCAAAGACAAUAUUUAUUUAUUUUUCAGUUCAUUU